AACCAACUUCGGAAGAAAUCACUGUAGCUUCAAACUGGACGCUUAUGCGUUGCCUACUGCAUUAAAAGAGACCGUGUUCGACACUAUGGAACACAGGUGCAAGCGGUUCCACAUGCACACAAAUACCCACAUUGAAAGCAACUGACUGCCAUAGAUGAUCAAAAAGAUCAUACUAAUGAAAUUCUACGAGCCACCCAGAAACACUGUCAAAACCAUGAAACACAACCGCAAACGAUGUCCACGGUAACAGCGUCACGACGUCGACCAGUUAUGAAUAUGAGGGGAAAGAGGAGGGUUAGCUAGUAAUAUUGGGUGUUAGCUUUGGGAGAAACAUGGGAUUAAAUGGCACAGGGUUGAACUCAAAAUCCAGACCAAGUAUCGUUCGAGUUUUGUCCCCGAGUAUGAAAGGCGAGGGUAUAGGAGGAGUUUCAGAGAAAGUGAAACCAACUUGACAAGUUAGCGGAGGAAGUGAAAGGUCUGAGGUCGGCUUCUCCUCCUGGCCAGAAAAGGAAAAAGGAUGGCCGCCGCGGAGCUCCAGUGGAUCCCAGAGACACUGUAUAACACUGCAGUUUCAUCAGUGGUGGACAAUUACAGCCAGUCGCGAAUCCGUUCCCUUCCCGAAAAUAUACAGUUUGAUGUGUACUAUAAGCUCUACCAGCAGGGCCGCCUCUGCCAGCUGGGCGAGGAGUUCUGCGAGCUGGACGUCUUCGUCAAGGUUCUCCGAGCUUCAGACAAGAGGCACCUCCUGCACCACUGUUUCCAGGCGCUGAUGGACCACGGCGUGAAGGUGGCCUCUGUGCUGGCCAGCUCCUUCAGCCGGCGCUGCGCCUGCAUCGACGCGUCCGACGUGCGGGCCCAGGAGACAGCCGUCCAGCUCGGCUUCCUUUUGGGCGGGUUCCUGUCGGACGCGGGCUGGCACGGCGACGCGGAGCGGGUGUUCCUGGCCUGUCUGCAGCUCUGCUCCCUGCACGAGGAGGUCCUCCACUGGCGCCGCGCUGUGGAGUGCUGCGUCAGGCUGCUCCACGUGCGCAACGGGAACUGCAAGUACCACCUGGGGGAGGACACCUUCAAAGUAGCCGAGGCCUACAUGGACAAGCUGGCCGAACGCGGCCACCGGGCCAACAGGGCCGCUCUGUACGGGGAGCUGUGCGCGCUGCUAUUCGCCAAGAGCCAAUAUGACGAGGCAUACAGGUGGUGCAUAGAGGCCAUGAAGGAGGUGACUGCGGGCUCUCUGCCCGUCAGAGUGCAGGUGGACGUCCUGAGGCAGGCCUCAAAGGCGUGCGUGGCGAAGCGAGAGUUCGGCAAGGCGGAGGAGCUGAUCAAGCACGCGGUGUUCCUGGCACGGGAACAUUUUGGCCAGAAACACCCCAAAUAUUCGGACGCGUUGCUGGACUACGGCUUCUACCUGCUCAACGUAGAUAACAUCUGUCAGUCUGUCGCGGUUUACCAGACGGCCCUGGAUAUUCGGCAGUCUGUCUUCGGGGGGAAGAACUUUAACGUGGCAUUGGCCCACGAAGACCUGGCCUACUCCUCCUACGUGCACCAGUACAGUUCCGGCAAAUUCGACAACGCCCUAUUCCACGUGGAGCAUGCCAUAGACAUCAUCACUCACAUCCUGCCUGAGGACCAUUUGCUGCUGGCUUCAUCCAAACGGGUCAAAGCCCUUAUCCUGGAGGAGAUUGCCAUCGACUGCUACAACAAGGAGAUGGAGGGGAGUCUCCUGCAGGAGGCGCACGACCUCCACCUCUCCUCCCUCCAUCUGGCCAAAAAAGCCUUCGGGGAGCUCAACGUCCAGACCGCCAAGCACUACGGCAACCUGGGCCGGCUCUACCAGUCCAUGCGCAGGUUCAAGGAGGCGGAGGAGAUGCACGUCAAGACGAUCCAGAUCAAGGAGCAGCUCCUGGGCCAGGAGGACUACGAGGUGGCCCUCUCCGUGGGCCACCUGGCCUCGCUCUACAACUACGACAUGAACCAGCACGAGGCCGCCGAGAAGCUGUACCUGCGCUCCAUUGCCAUCGGUAAGAAGCUGUUUGGAGAAGGCUACAGCGGGCUGGAGUACGAUUACCGGGGCCUCAUCAGGCUGUACGGCUCCCUGGGGGACUUUGAGAAGGCGCUGGAGUACCACGACGCGCUCUCCGGCUGGAGCCGGCUGAGGGAGCGGCGGCCUGCGGCGGCCGACGCCCUGGAGGACGCCGGCGCCGGCCCGCGGUCCACCGAGGAGGUGGCGCAGCUGUUCCUGCGCUCGCAGCAGAGCCACGCAGCGCCGCGCUCCUGCUGCGGCUGAUCGCCCGGACGCGCCUGCACGCGCGAGCAGGCGUAUACACACGGGACAGGACGGACGGACGGACAGAGACACGCACACAGUUAUCUAAUCUCAUUUUUUGGGACCUCUUUAUCUUGACCGGAGUAUGGAAGCAGAACUCACCCUUUGUAACUCGUGUACAAUUUAUCUUAUGUUUGUUUUGAAGUUUUUAAAAGAUUUUAUCAACUUUUUACCUUGGUGGUGAUUUUUGUAACAAACAGGAGUAGCCUUUGUACUCUGUGAGAAUACUUGUUUGUGCCACUCCUGCAGCCUGGCGUCUUUCACAACGGAACAAGCUCCGUACACCAGGAGCUCCGCCCAGUUACACACUUCUGCAGCAGAAAGAGGGCCUGCUGGGCGGGGCUUGUGGGUUGGCUCCUCCUUUUUGUAGGGGAGAAGAGUGUGUGGGGCUGUGCUAGUGUGGGCGGAGCUUGUGGGUUGCUCCUCCCUGUUGUAGGGGAUGUGAGUGGGUGGGGCUGUGUGAGUGUGGGCGGAGCUUGUGGGUUGCUCCUCCCUGUUGUAGGGGAUAUGAGUGGGUGGGGCUGUGCAAGUGUGGGUGGAGCCUGUGGGUUGCUCCUCCCUGUUGUAGGGGAUAUGAGUGGGUGGGGCUGUGCAAGUGUGGGUGGAGCCUGUGGGUUGCUCCUCCCUGUUGUAGGGGAUAUGAGUGGGUGGGGCUGUGCAAGUGUGGGUGGAGCCUGUGGGUUGCUCCUCCCUGUUUUGGGGGGGGUGGGGGUGGGUGAAGUUACUGGAACCAGAAGGGGUUCUACUAGUGGGCACUUUGCAUUUCCCAAAAGACAUGAACAUUCCUUUAUUCCUUGUGCCCUUAAAUUGUUUUAUAAAUUAUCUAUUUAUUCAAGAGAUUAUGCCCUUAAUUUCAUGCUUUUUGCGUACGAUGUUGAUCGCUGUUAUGUUUGACACAUCUCAGGGUUCACUGUUUAAAAACUGUGUUUUUAUGCUGCUGUACCCUGCCUUGUCAAACUUUAAUAAAUGAAACUUGAAACUUAAA